AUGAGCGCCUGUCCCCUCUUGCUUUCCCCAGACCCUACCUGGGCAGGCAGAGCCUUGGUUUCCCCCAAGUGGGGGCAUCCCCAGCAUUCUGGACCUGGAGUUUCUUGGGUCACCCCCUCUCCCCAGCAGUUGACUAGACCAGCACAGGCCUCCCUGAUAUCCUGCCCCCUCCCCCGCCCCACUUUUGGGGGAUGCGGAAGGCCCCUGCCCCCGACUCACCUGCCUGCCCACCCCUCAGCAGGGGACUGUGGCACUCAUGAGUACUUGACCUGGGGGGCAGCUUAUCCGAGCCUUAAUAGAGAAAACUGUACCGUACGUUUUAGUUUCUUAUUUAAUAUAUUUGCGCCCAGGCUGCGGUUAGUGGCAGUUUUUGGGCGACAGGGCCUACUGAGUUCUGUCAGGGGGCCCAGGGGCUCAGUAUCACUCGGCUGGCGCCCUGCGGCUCCCAGCACAAGCAGGAGAAUCGAGGGGUGUCCCAGGAGUGUGGGCCCUCUCUUUGGAGCAGGAAGUGGGCCACAGAGGUCUGUUGCAAGGCAGGGGUCGCCCCAGGGCAGCCCCACUGACGGGCACCCAGGGAGCUGUGAUCUGUGUGAACAUCAGAGGGGACCCAGAGGCCACGGGGCGGUGGGCAGCCAGGUGGCAGGCCAGCUGAGGCGGUCUUGUACCCCUGGGAGGCUGACCAGGGAGCAUGGGGUGAGCCCCCGCGCCUCCCCUCCAGCCGGAGGUGCUUCCCAAGCGAGCUGGACCAGAGGGUCCCUUGAGGCCCCUGUCCUCCCUGGUGUUCUCUCUCAGGCAGUGUGGCUGACUGCGCCGUUCCCGAGAAGCUCAGAGGAGAAAGGACGUUCCCUUAGGCGAAGGGCUUGUGCGAGCCCCAGUCCCCCCUUCUCCCAGCGUGAAGAAGACCCUCUGAGCCCCAGCAGCCCACCACGGAAGAGCCGUGGGUCUGGAUCCUUGAAGAUGCUCAGGGCCCAAGCACUGAUUAGGAACCCUCUUCUUUUUGUUUUUUUUUUUUUUUUUAAGUUAAUUCAUUUUGCACAAAACUCAAAAACAACCAAAACGUGUCCACUGUUUGCUGGCUCCAAACCGGGGGGGUGGCCGAGUGGGCAGGGAGAGACCCGAAGCCCUGAGCCCCCUUUUUCUCUCCUUGGAAGGCCUCGGUUUCCCGUGGCCCGCCCUUCCAGCCGCCCCCGUCGGGUCUCCCGAUGGUGUCCGCUCUCCGCCGUCCCUCCCUGCCCAGCAAGUGUGUCGGCACCGCAACCCCAGAAGCGUGUGCUGUCCAGAUCCCCCCGAGAACGUAUCGAUUGUACACACCUAUAAAUACUUGUGUUUUUUGUCGAUAUAGAUAUAUACUGUAAAUAGCACAUAUACUUGAGCAAUAUAUGUUAAUAUAUGCUGUGGCACGGACCCCACCGUGUGGGCGCCUGUGCGGGCGCCGGGGCCUCCGCCCACCGUGUCCCCGACGCACACGGGCACGUUUCGAGCCACCGUGUGUUUUUCAAUCAAGUUACGCAGGCAAUAUGUUAGCGGAGAAGCCAGGGCUUGAGAGCAAAACCAAACCAGCAGCCCAAGAGCGGAGCCCCCGGGGCCCGCCCCCCCCCAGGCCCCCCCGAAAGCUGGAUUCAGUGCCAUCCUGCACCUCCAUUUCCAUGGCCAGGGUUUGGUCUUGGGGACACUGGUACGGAGGGAGGAGAAAGGCCAUCUUCCCAUGGCCCUGAGCUUAAAGACCUGGGCGGGGAGGGAGCUUCCCACCCCAGCUCUCCACCCGGGGUCCCCCCCCCACCAUGUGGCUGUUCCUGCGUCGUUUUCACCCGCAAGCUCAGAUACCUCAGGCUCUUCUCCCAGGCGUCCUCCUGCAGACUAGCCCCGUCUAGCCAGGAAAAGGACCGAUGCCGUUGACCUUGUGCCCAGGAGGGGCUGGCGAGGCCUGGGCAGGAGCAGCCACCCGGACCUUCCCCUUCCCCAGUCUCCCUUCCCGCUGUCUGCGUGCCCGUGAGGAGCACAGUCACAGGGACUUGGUCUCCACAGUUCAGGGAGAAGAAUGCCCCCCAGUUUGCUGCAUUGUGGGGGGGGGGUCUCCAGACCCGCAGGGCCAACACUGUCUUGGCUCUGGGUGGCGGGCACGUGGCAGGGGCAGGGAGAUGGGGCUCCUGAGCAAGGCUGCGGAGAGGUCAGGGUGGGCUCUGGGUGUGUGUGGCUUUGCCUCUGUGUCCCAUGCCAGCCGAUGGCCACCCCUGCCCAUUGCCUGCUACAUCCCUGCGCACUACAGAGAGGAGGUGGGGAGAGGAGGAGGCAUGACCACCCCCUUCUCUCUCUCAACCCCAGUUAUAAAAAUCUGUCUCCGAGGUUCAGCCCUCAGCAUGGACCCCUUCCUCCCUCUGCCCCCGGGGCAGAGGUAGGUGGGGCCAGCCCUGCGCCUUCUUUGGGGUGGGGGAGGGUCUCCAAAGCCCAGAGCACACAUCCAAGCUAGAGAGGUGUGCUGACUUCCCCACCCCGGGAUCCAGGAGGUCCCGAGUCUCCUAACCACCAGCAUUCUCCCCAUUCCACCAACUGCAGGCCACGGGCCUCUGGUGGGACCCAGAGCCGCCAGCCGUGGCCUCCCCCAUUGGGCAGCAUGGCCUUGGUGACCAGUGCCGGGUCCGGAAGAAGAUGCGUGGUCUGGCGAGGCUUGUCCCCUGUGAGGUGAUGGAUGACGGCCUGGAGGUCAGGAGAGAAGGUUCUGGUUUGAUGGGUAGGGUGAGGCCCCUGUCCCAAGCCAAGGAGCCUGGUAGUCAAAGAUGAAUCUGCCCUCGCCCCCACCAGCCCCUCCUGGCCCCUUUUCUCAGGCUGACCAUUAGGGGUCCCUGGACCACCUUUCCGGGCCUCUGGAUCUGGAAGUGGGGACAACUUGGGCCCUUCCCAGAUGGGGCUAAGAGGGUCCUCAAGGAUCUCCCAGGAGACAGCAGAGCGCUCCUGUGCUCUGUGACCGAGUUUCUGAUGCCACUUCCUGAGUGAACCCCAGGGAAGCGGGGGUAGGAAGAAAUCCCCCAGUAGAUCAGUGUCCCCUGUAAGCGGGGAGAGGGGACCCGCCCGUCGUGGCGGUCACAGCCGCUGGGAAAUGGAGCAGGCGUUUGGCUUGGUGAGCAGAGCUUGAGGUGGGGAGGGUAAUGCACCUCACACCCGCAAAGACGGGAGCUUUGGCUUUUCGGGUUUUCCCAGAUGCCGUGCUGGGAGAGGGCUCGGCCCGGAGCGGGCAGUAGCCUCCCUUGAAAGAGGCUGUGAGGCCCUCAGCCAACCAAGAUGGCCCCCGGGGAGGGGGUCCUGGGGCAAGAGGCCCGGUGGUCUGAGGGCAGCUGAGCCCCACUCCCCACUCUAGAUAGCUUUCCCCCGCAUCCCAGGCGUUUUCUUCCUUUCAUUUUCAAAUUAGAGGCUUUUUCCUCUCUCCUGCUCUUUCCUUAAGCCCUGGGAGGAAGCUACAGGGCGGCCUUCAGCUUUGACUCCCGGGAAGCCUGCUCCGUGGAGAAGGCCAAGGCCAGGCAGGCGCUGUCAGCCGAGCCACCAGGAGUGGCCCCGGGAUAGCGGGGGAGGCCUGCAGCCUGGCCCUAUGGCCUCCGGGGCGGGAGGCAGUUUGAGGCUCUCGGUUCAAGGCGGGACAAGGCCGGGAGCCCGGACAGCGCGGUGUCCCGCCUGCGAGUGUGUGAGCACCCCCGGGCCCACCCAGAUCCCGGCGCGGGGCCUCGCCCAGUCCGUAUUUUGCAGCCUCGGGAGCCUUGUCCCCGUGGGCCGCACAGAGUGGGGUUGGCAGUGUGUGGGUGGCAGGCCUCGCCCGCAGGGCUGCCCCCAACUCCCUCGACUUCAUUAAGCUGCUCGGAGGGGCGGGGUGUGUCCCCCGCAGACAGCACUCGCCAGGAGAGCCUUCGGGUGCCGGCGCCCCUCACCUGUGUGGGCCCCUCAGGGUCCCAGGACAAGGAGUACAGUUGGUGGAGGAGGAGAAACCGGACAAACUCGGGUCCCAAGAGAGAGGUCCAGCCUCUGCCUCAGUUUACCUCCCCAGAAAACCGUCCAGGAAGAACUGAGCAGGGCUGGCUCCCCAACGGGGAUGGGGUGUGGGGGGGACUGACAACAGAAUCCCAAGUCCUCUUGCUCUAUGCCAAAAUUAUUUCCGUUAUCCUGAGACGGGGGUGAGCGGAUGGUGGGUGCAUGACGGGGCUCUGAGGGGCCUGCGCCCCGCCCAGGGCCUCGCCUCGGGGAUCUGGCCCUCACCUGGCAUGUCCCGGGUCACCAGCAGCCGUAGCAGGGGCGCUUAGAUCCAUCCCAAGUUCUGGGGCGAGGGGGAGCACGGGGCCACCCAACAACCCCAGGGCCCUCAUGCUUUUACCCUCUUUGUCGAAGAUACACAAAACCCUCGAGAUUCAUGUACUGUAUGAUGGAGAGAAAAAAAAAAGUACCUAAUGUUCCCCCCAAAAAAGACAGUAUAUUUUGUACUUUGUAAAGUGUUAAUUAAAACGGAGACAAAAAUGGA